AUGUCACCAGCAAUAGAUACAACUACUUCAACGAACAAUAGCAACACAAGAAAACAGAGGAACGAUAUAGACUAUUCCAAAAUCCCGUCACUAUCAGAAUUAGAAGCGUCAAUACUAACAGAAUAUCAAAUACUAAACAACACGUUAAUAAAAAUAAAUCAACAACUAAAAAAUCUAACAACUACAAAGCCAAUCCAGAAUGGCAAAGAUGUAAAGAGUCAACAAUUAAGUGAAAGCGUGAUACUUAUAGAAAAUUUAAGAAAAUUAGAAACUAAAAUUUCAUUUAUAUAUACUUUUUUCAAAGGUGCUGUUUAUACUUUAUAUGCAAAUGAAGGUGAAGGUGAAGAAGAACUAACAGAAGAAACUUCUAUAUAUGAUAACACGAAUGAUAACGAACAAGAAGAAAAUCAAGAAGAUGAUGAAGAAGAAGAAGAAUAUAAUAAUGAUGAACUAAAUUUCAAAAAACCUAAACGAAGUCAAAGAGAUAAACAAGAUGAUGAAUACGAAAAGGGUGCAAACGAACUAUCAAGUAUUUCAGAUUCGUAG